CAUAAAAUGACCUGUCAUUUUUACAGUGGAAUGAAAGACAGGUGCACUAAAAAUAAUAAUUCACUCUCUCUAUAACGUCACAAAAUUUUUUGGUAUAUAUAUUUGGAAAUAGAUGCUAGCAAAGUCAUUUAUAUCAACCUUAUUUAAGUGUAGGACGUCUGGUUUCAUACAAAAAUUCGCUGCAACGAUGACGACAAAACCUAUUAGUUUGGAAACUAUCAGCAAAUUGAAGGAUGAUUUUUAUGGAGACCCCAAGAAUGAAUUAGCACAAAAUGUGUGCACUCGUAUUGAUCCAUUUGAGGCAGCCAUCAGUAGGAAACGUACUGAUGCCGCUCUACAUGUUUAUAAUAUAAAGGUGGACUCAGAGGGCAAGCCAGUGACCAAUCAAGAGAACUCUGGACGUUGUUGGCUGUUUGCUGCCCUGAAUGUCAUUCGGUUGCCAUUCAUGAAAAAGUAUAAUAUUGAUGAAUUUGAGUUCUCACAGAGCUACCUAUUCUUCUGGGACAAGAUAGAGCGGUCGCACUACUGGCUGAACAACAUCGUGUCUACCGCAAAACAGGGUGAAGCGCUUGACGGCAGGCUCGUCAACUUCUUGCUCAAGGAUCCCAUAAACGAUGGCGGCCAAUGGGACAUGAUAGUGAACCUCAUCAACAAGUAUGGUGUAGUGCCCAAGGAUUGCUUCAAGGAGUCGUUCAGCUCUAGAAGAAGUCUGCAUAUGAAUGCGGUUUUAAAGACAAAGUUGCGGGAAUUUGCCAAAGAAUUAAGGGAAAAAGUGGAAUCUAACGCAAGCGACGAAGAGUUACAAAACACUGUUGACAAUCAGUUAGCUAUUAUAUAUAAAAUAGUUGCCACAUGUUUAGGUACGCCUCCAGACAAGUUCAAUUUCGAAUAUUACAAUAAGGAGAAGUCAUAUUGCAGCUUCGGUGAGACCAGCCCGCAAGAGUUCUAUACCAAUUUUGUUAAACCACUCUUCAAUGUUGACGAUAAGGUAUGCUUGGUAAGUGAUCCACGGGAGUCGAACCCGUUCGGGCAACUAUACACGCUCCAGUGUCUCGGCAACGUGGUGGGAGGCAGACAGACCGCGUAUAAUAACCAGCCCAUAGACGUGCUUAUCAAGGCAGUGAGGGAUAGUAUAGAGGGUGGUGAAGCGGUUUGGUUUGGUUGUGAAGUCUCCAAGAGAUUUGAGAGGAAGAACGGACUGACUGAUUUGGAUGCUCACGACUACCGGUUGCUAUUCAACACGGACGUGCAAGUCGGUCUGCCUAAAGCUGAUCGACUUCGAUACGGUGACUCGUGCAUGACUCACGCUAUGGUCUUCACGGCAGUCGGAACUGAUCAACAAUCUAAACCAGUCAAGUUUCGGGUGGAAAACUCAUAUGGAGACAAGGAAUAUAACAGAGGAUACUUACUGCUCACAGAGCCUUGGUUCAGAGAAUUCGUGUUUGAGGUCGUCGUUGACAAGAAGUACAUUUCGGAAGAAGUGUUGAACGUGUUCAAACAAGAGGCGAAAGUGUUACCAGCUUGGGACCCGAUGGGCACACUCGCUUGCCCACUGUGCAGCAAAGAUUAACAACAGUGGUCACCAUCCCACUAUCGGGACUGCUUCGUACCCCGCCGCGCGGAUAUAAGAUAACAAAUGAACUCAUUAUAACAUUAUAUUUCGCAAUAAGGGUGAAUGUCAUGGUGACAAUAUUUUGUAAUAUAUAUAUAUAUAUAUCACUGUAAAGUUGUAUGCGUCGUACGUUUAUUUUUUUAUAAUUAUAAUCUUACUUAACAUUUUAUUCGUCGGGGAAUCUAACCUAACUGUUAGAAGGAAAAAUGUCGACUAGUAUUCGGAAACGUGUGUGAAUUCGAAUUCGGGUUCGGAUUCUUACAGAAUCGCCCUGCAGUACUAAGAGAAUUAAAAUCUAAGCACACAUAUACGGAUAAUAGUUUUUGAAGGGCGUUACGUCAUAGCAACGCCAUAAAAGCAGUUUGCGUUUGUGAAAUUUUGAAAUAUUUAAAAAAGUCGUCUACAUCCCUAUUGCUUUACGGGAUCCUUAGCUGUCACCAACUAAAAUAACUUUGACAUUUGGCCAGUUUCGCGCCAAUAUAUUUCCGGGUUGUCGUUAUUAUAAAAUUAAUAUUAUACAUUGUAAUAUAAUAUUAUAUAUUCAGGUGAAUAAUUAAAGGUUCUAUUAUAACCUAAACCUAGAUGAAUAACUUACGAUAUAGAUUAUAAACUGACGAUGACUAGAAUUUUACAGUGACAUAACAGCAUAUCAGGUUACCUCGAAUUCUCAAAUUUUGAACAAUGUAAUCCUUUGAAGAUUAAAAUCGUUAGCAGAACUUAGGGAUUCGGGUAACUUGAGCGUGCUUUUGUCAUAGAAAUUCAAUACAUGGUUUGUUGUUGUAUUUUAUUUCACUGAUGUGUUUGUUUUUAUUACUUUGCAUUUAAAAUACUUAAAAAUCCCAUCUUCAACAGCUUGGACCGUAGAUUUUUAAGUGUAUUUUUAAAAGGCGGUCAUUUUAAGUUGAGAGUUCACAAGACAAUAACGUAAUACAACUACACCACUUUAAAAAGAUCGAAUAAAAAAUAGCGAACUGUCACAAAUACCAACUAAACAAAUACUUUGUUUAUUUUUUACACUAACUUUUUUAUUAUUUUCUAUUUUAUUGUACUGUGAAACGGAUAGAUAAUUUUUAAUUACGCCAAUGUAUUAAGUUUUUUCUUAACUUAAACCGAUGUGUUCAUUAAAGUUACCAAUAAGUAUUCAAUCCUUACCUAUUUAUUAACAAGGGUAGAUUCUGUAGUCUGCACAUUGUUACAAUUCUACAUUAUGUUUUUAUAGUUCGUUUAUAUUACAGACGUUAAGAGCACCAUCCGUACACCGCUAUACAGACACCGUUUUACUAUUCAA